CACAGCAGGAUCACAGAGAGACGCCGCCGCCGCCGCUGAUGAUGAUGAUGAUGAUGGAGAUGCAGUAUAAUAACAAUAAUAACGGAUAUGGUUUGAAUGAGUACAUGAUCCAGGAGGAUGACUGGGACCGAGACCUGCUGCUCGACCCCGCCUGGGAGAAACAGCAGAGGAAGACGUUCACAGCCUGGUGUAACUCUCACCUGAGGAAAGCAGGAACGCAGAUCGAGAACAUCGAGGAGGAUUUGAGGAACGGGCUGAAGCUGAUGCUGCUGCUGGAGGUCAUCUCAGGUGAAAGGCUUCCCAGACCAGACAGAGGAAAGAUGCGCUUCCACAAAAUCGCCAAUGUGAACAAAGCUCUGGACUACAUCACCAGUAAAGGAGUGAAGCUGGUGUCCAUCGGCGCCGAGGAGAUUGUUGAUGGGAAUGUGAAGAUGACUCUGGGAAUGAUCUGGACCAUCAUCCUGCGCUUCGCCAUCCAGGACAUCUCAGUGGAGGAAACCUCGGCUAAAGAAGGGCUCCUGCUGUGGUGUCAGAGGAAAACGGCCCCGUACAGGAACGUCAACGUACAGAACUUCCACUGCAGCUGGAAGGACGGUCUGGCGUUCUGUGCGCUCAUUCACAGACACAGACCCGACCUGAUCGACUACGCCAAACUCAACAAGGACGAUCAUCUUGGAAAUCUCAGUCUAGCGUUAGAAAUUGCAGAGAAGCACUUGGACAUCCCGAAAAUGCUGGACCCUGAAGACAUCAUUAACACCCCGAAGCCUGACGAGCGGGCCACCAUGACGUAUGUGUCCUGCUUCUAUCACGCGUUUGCUGGAGCAGAACAGGCAGAAACGGCGGCUAACAGGAUCUGUAAAGUGCUUGGAGUGAAUCAGGAAAAUGAGAAACUGAUGGAGGAAUAUGAACGACUGGCCAGUGAGUUGUUGGAGUGGAUCCGUCGCACCACGCCGUGGCUGGAGAAACGAACCCCUGAGAACACAGUGGAGGCCAUGAGACAUAAGCUGGAGGAUUUCAGAGACUAUCGCCGCAUUCACAAACCACCCAAAGUCCAGGAGAAAUGUCAGCUGGAGAUCAGCUUCAACACACUGCAGACCAAACUCCACAUCAGCCACAGACCCGCGUUCAUGCCCUCCGAGGGGAAGAUGGUGUCUGUAAGACACACACACACAUACACACACACACACACACACACACACACACACACACACGGUUAUGAGGAGUGGCUGCUCACUGAGAUCAGGCGUCUGGAGCGUGUAGAGCAUCUGGCUGAGAAGUUCCAGCAGAAAGCAGCAACACACGAGAGCUGGGCGCAGGGAAAGGAUCAGCUGUUGACUCUGAAGGAUUACGAGAGCGCGUCCCUGACGGAGUUGAGAGUGCUGCUGCGGAAGCACGAGGCGUUUGAGAGCGACCUGGCAGCACAUCAGGACAGAGUGGAGCAGCUCGCCGCCAUAGCACAGGAACUCAAUGAACUGGACUAUCACGCCGCUGCUGUCAUUAAUGAACGCUGUCAGUCGAUCUGUGAUCAUUGGGAUCAGCUGGGAACUCUGACCCAGAAACGCAGAGAAGCUCUGGAGAGGACGGAGAAACUCCUGGAGACGAUCGAUCAGCUGUUUCUGGAGUUUGCUAAGAGAUCGGCUCCGUUCAAUAACUGGAUGGAAGGAGCCAUGGAGGAUCUGCAGGACAUGUUCAUGGUUCACUCCGUAGACGAGGUUCAGAGUCUGAUCUCGGCUCAUGAUCAGUUUAAGGCGACGCUGGCUGAGGCUGACAGCGAGCGUCAGGCCAUUCUCAGCAUCUAUAACGAAGUGCAGAAGAUCGCUCAGAGCUACGGGAUCUCCAGCAAACUCACCAACAUCUACUGCGACAUCACACCCGCCAUCAUCAACCAGAAGUGGGAGAAGGUGAAGAAGUCGGUUCCUCAGAGAGACGGUGGCCUGCAUGAGGAAUUGUCCCGACAGCAUGCGAACGAGAGACUCAGACGACAGUUUGCAGCACAAGCCAAUGCCAUCGGACCCUGGAUACAGACACGCAUGGAGGAGAUCGCUCGCUGCUCGGUGGAUUUGGCCGGCACACUGGAGGAUCAGAUGAACCAUCUGAAACAGUACGAGCACAACAUCAUAAACUACAAACCCAACAUCGACCGGCUGGAGGGAGAUCAUCAGCUCAUCCAGGAGUCGCUCAUCUUCGACAACAAGCACACCAACUACACUAUGGAGCACAUGCGUGUGGGAUGGGAGUCACUGCUCACCACCGUCGCUCGCACCAUCAACGAGAUGGAGACGCAGAUCCUGACGCGUGACGCUAAAGGAAUCAGCCAGCAGCAGCUCAACGACUUCAGAUCCUCCUUCACACACUUCGACCGGAAGAAGAAGGGUGGCAUGGAGACGGAUGAUUUCAGAGCCUGUCUGAUCUCCAUGGGCUAUGAUCUGGGUGAAGCUGAGUUCGCUCGCAUCAUGUCUCUGGUGGAUCCCGACGGCGCCGGUGUGGUGACCUUCCAGUCGUUCGUGGACUUCAUGACGCGAGAGACCGGAGACACAGAGACUUCGGAGCAGGUCAUCGCCUCCUUCAGGAUCCUAGCUGCGGAUAAGCCGUAUAUUCUGGUGGAUGAGCUGCGUCGGGAGCUUCCUCCGGAGCAGGCCGAGUACUGCAUCUCCAGGAUGCCUCCGUAUCAAGGACCUGAUGGAGUCCCGGGGGCGCUGGACUACACGGCCUUCUCUACGGUGCUGUACGGCGAGAGCGACCUCUAGCUGACCUCUAGUCGUGUGUGUGACCUCACUGUCUGACUCUGGCCGUGAUGCUCUUUCAUGUGUGAAAUACACCAGAACAUUUACUGAACAUGAAAACAUGUGUUUCAUUUCAAAAUAAAGACUUUUAGCCAUUGCAUUUUGUGUUUGUAUGAAU